GAUAUAUUUCGCUAUGGAGGGAUAUGAUUCUAGGAAGCCUCCGAGUGUUCGAGUAACCGUUCUAGAAGAUCCAAACAGCAGCCUUCAAGAACUUUUCAAUCCCGCCUCCCAGAGGCAACAGGUUCCUUUACAUCAACGUAAUCUACCAAAAUCUUUUUUCGUUCCACCUGGAGAUGUGAAUGACAAUUCUCGACUUUCCAAGCUUAACUCUGUACACAGCAACGAAAGAAAUUCUGCAGAUUUUGUGGUGUUCCAUAGUAAAGCGAAUUCAUCUCCAGCCUGUUUGGAUGCUGCACUUAGAACGUCUGUUUCUGCAAAUGUUCCUAAUCACAGCCAUCAAAAAAGUCUUGAUGUCGCUUCCAAAUACAAGACGGAAUUUAGCCCAGAUUUUGCUUUCUCCGGCUCGUGUAGCCCGGGAUUUUUUCAGGGACAAAGAAACUCACAACAAACUGCACUGCUUUAUGGACCCACCAUGACGUUUGCUAUAAGCGAGCUUCCCGUUGGAUAUGACAUGGCGAUAAAUGAGAGCAAUCAGGUAUAUUUUCUAAAUCAUCAAACACAAGAAACCACAUGGUUUGAUCCUAGAAUACCAGAAAAGUUCCAGAAGUGGGGUAUGACUCCAGAAGAACUAGAGCAAGUGCACUUACGCUACGCUAAACAAUUUUUAUGCACAAUCCCGUCUUCGAAUUUGAAUGUUGAUCGAAUAUCACCAUCACUUGUGUCUAGUCCAACCUCCUGCGUUCCUGCAUCAUCACCAUCGGGUUUCCUUAACAAAAACCAAUCUGGAGUACCAUCGCCCAUGGCAUCUAUAUCUGUUUCACCGAACUCAUCAACAUCCGGACUUCCUUUGCAUAAUCUACCAUUGAAUUCGUCUUCGACUUGUACAAAUGUUCAAAAUCGUCUAAGAUCAACUAUUGCUGUAAAUAAUAAUAACAGUAAUAAUAGUAACAAUGGUAAUGAUGGCAACAAUAAUCAAAAUAUUGCAGCUACCCAUCGUUCUCAUCCAAAUCAGUUGCCUUAUCCUCAUCAUCAACAUUCACAUCAAGUAAAUGAACAAUUACAAACAUCCGGUGGUAUACAACAUCAACGACAACAUUCACAAGGUCUCCCUGUACAAUCUCAACCAACAAGUCAAUCGCUUGUAACGCAUUUUCGCUCUUGUAGUCAGCCAGUUUCCAUGUCCAGUGGUCGAGAUUGUGGUUCCAAUACAGGUGUAAUACUAAGUUCAAACUCAUCGGGUGUAUCUACAGCCACAACAACAGUAACAGGAACUUUGGGUCAGACUCAACUUCGGAUUCCUGGAAGUUUAGGUGGCAUUCUAUCAUCAAGUUCCUCACUUACAGGUCUAUGCGGUUCGAAUGUAAAUACUGGUCAACAAGGGUGCGUUACCGGUUCCAUUAGUACAUCAUCUGGACAAUUGGUCCAAGGACUUGAAUGCUUACGAUUGAAUGCAUCAGUUACUUCCACAAGUGCAUUAAAUAACUCCAAUCAUGUGCUACUUGAUCAACAACAAAUCCCCAAAACACAAAGAGUUCAACAACCUCAAUUCAUUCUGUCAGCUAACUCCGGUAUAGUUUAUGGAUCAAACAUAAAUACGGCUGCAGCACGACUUGUUGGCACAGUGUUACCUACUACUCCCCAACCUGGUAAUCAACAUUCACAUCAAAGCAGUAUGGAUAGUGGAGUGGGUCAGUCUCUAACAGGUCAAUCAAACCCUAGUGCUAAUCAAACUCCUGAGCAUACUGUUAUGCUAUUUUGUGAUCCAAGCAUUGGUGCUUGUGGUGCAGAACAUAUGGAAGGAAUCGCUUAUCCGAAUGAAGAACUCAUUUGUACAGGAUUUAACGAUUUCGACAAUAUUGAUAUUUCAGAUAUGAGUACUUAG